AUGCAUUUUGAAGAAUCUUAUCCAUUAAAUAAUAAAAGUCUACAAAAAUAUAGCAAUAAAGAAAUUAGGUGUGUUUUUGUAAAAGAAAAAAAUUAUUUUGACAGAAUGAGGGAAGUUGUAUAUUUUUUUUUAGCUUGUUUAUCUUUACUGUUUAUUGGAGGUCUUUAUUCUGUUAUUAAAUCUUUUACAACUCAGAAAGAAAAUCAAAUUGAUUUGUUUCUUCCUGUGACUGCUGAUGUUUUUAAAAAUGAAGAAUAUUUUGGUAAAGAUCAAUUGUUUGAAGAAACAAUUUCUGAUAUGACAAAAAUUAUUAAGCUUACAGAAACUAAAUCUGAAAAAGAACUUAAAACGUAUGUUAAAGCAUCUUCUAGGAAUUAUUUACUUAGUGGUCCAGCAGGUACAGGGAAAACGCAAUUUGUUAAAUGUUUGAUUUACAAACUUGACAGGCAUUUGGCAGAAAUUUACCAAAAUUUGUCAAAAAAUUAUGUACGUGCGUUUUUUAUAACGCCAAGUUCGCUUGAAGAUAAAUAUAUUGGCGAAACAGAAAAAAAAAUUAAAGAACUUUUUAAUAUUGCUAGAGAUGGUAAGGAUUGUAUGGCAACUAUUUUGUUUUUAGAUGAAAUUGAUGGGUAUUUUGGUACAAGAACACACAAUGAACAUCAGCACUAUACAAAAAGUAAAACAGAAUUUUUAAAUUUUAUGAGUGGAAUUAAUGAGAAUUUAAUGAGUAACGUUUUUAUAUUCGGGGCUACGAAUCUUAUAAAAAAUAUUGAUAGUGCAUUUAUUAGGCGAAUGGGUUCCCAAAUUGAAUUUUCUUUGCCUGAUCAAGUUGAAUUAACUUGGAUGAUAGAAAAGAUUACAAAUUCUUGGCCUAAAGUGAAAGGAUCUAAUUCUGAUCUAUUAAUUAAAGAAUGCGCUAUAAUACUUUCUAGACAUAAAUGUACUCAAGCUUAUGUUACAGAACUUCUUGCAAGGAUCAGACUUAAAUUCUGCGAUACUUUAGCUGAUAAUCCUUCAAUUGAUCUUAUUAGAGAGUUUUAUGACAUUGUUCGAAGAUUGUAA